CUGCUUCCUAAUGCCUCUCCAAAAGCUCUCAGCACUCAUUGAUGCCAUCUGCAAUUUUGUCAUUUGCAAUGACUCCUCCCUCCGCAGCCAGCCGAUCAUCUUCAAUCCCGAUUUCUUUGUGGAGAAGCUGCGCCAUGAAAAACCGGAGGUGUUCACAGAGCUCGUGGUCAGCAACAUCACCAGGCUCAUUGACUUGCCUGGGGCAGAACUGGCCCAGCUGAUGGGCGAGGAGGACCCAAAGCUGCCUGGGGGAAACGGCAUAGCCUCUGGAUUUUUGCGUUCCCUGAUGUCUCUGAAACGCAAAGAGAAAGGGGUGGUAUUUGGCUCACCGCUGACAGAAGAAGGCAUUGCACAGGUUUCCCAGCUAAUUGAAUACCUGCAUAAACAUCUACGAGCAGAAGGCUUGUUUCGGGUGCCAGGCAACAGCAUCAGGCAACAGAUCCUAAAGGAUGCUCUGAACAGUGGUACAGAUAUUGACCUUGACUCUGGGGAGUUUCAUUCCAAUGAUGUGGCCACCUUGCUGAAGAUGUUCUUGGGCGAAUUACCAGAGCCUCUGCUGACACACAAGCAUUUUCACGCCCACCUCAAAAUUGCAGAUUUGAUGCUGUUUGAUGAGAAGGGGAAUAAGACUAGCACUCCGGACAAAGAGCGCCAAAUCGAAGCCCUUCAGCUGCUGUUCUUGAUCCUUCCUGCACCUAACCGCAGCCUACUCAAACUGCUGCUGGAUUUGCUCUACCAGACAGCAAAGAAGCAGGACAAGAACAAGAUGUCUGCCCACAAUCUUGCUCUCAUGUUUGCACCUCAUAUCCUGUGGCCCAGAAAUGUGACAGCAAAUGACCUGCAGGAGAAUAUCACAAAGCUAAACAACGGAGUGACCUUCAUGAUCAAACACUCACAGAAACUCUUCAAAGCCCCAGCUUACAUCCGGGAAUGUGCCAGGCUCCACUAUCUUGGAUCCAGAGCCCAUGCAUCAAAGGAUGACCUGGACCUGCUGACCUCUCCUAGCUCCAAGGAGCUGCAGCCUCUCAAGUCUCAGAAGCGAAGCCGAUUGGACCCUUGCCAUCAGGAGGAGACCCAGCAGCGCACAGAGGAGGCACUGAAGGAGCUCUUCCGCCAUGUCCACAAUAUGCCUGACUCUGCAAAGAAGAAGAAGCUCAUUCGGCAGUUUAAUAAGCAUCCUACAGCUCUCACUCCUGGUUCUGAUGUACGUACACCCCCAGCACAAAGACGCACCCGCUCACGCUCCUUCAGCGGUCUCAUUAAGCGGAAGGUUUUGGGAACACCAGUUAUCAUCGAGAGGAAGAACAGGGAUGUCACGCCAGAGCCUGAGCAAGCUAGCAAAGAGAACAUGCAUCUGUUACAGAAAUGUGGCUCUCCAGCUCAUGUGUCCCAAGCAAAGCUGAAAAUUUUAGAGGGCCGGAAAGAGGACUCCUGUAGACGUGUGCGAGCCCGCCUGCUUUCCAAGGAGUCAUCUUCCCUGUGAAUUGCCUCUCACCAAUGCAUGGGUGUGGAAUGCCCAGCCUCACAAGCUGUGAAUAAUACAUGCUGCACUGAGAGGGGAGUGCUACAGGCUCACGGCAGCCUUCAACAUGCCAGCGCUUUUGAAACUGGACCUUUGCAAGGACUGCAGGGACUUGUUUCUAUCUGUAUACAAACAUGUCAUUCCACUAUGGGGCAAACCACUGUAUAACCACAACCUGUGCAGCAUGUCUGACCUGCUGGCUCUGGAAAGAGCUGGAGAGCUCGCUUAUGAGAAGAGCCUUGUGCAUUAUAGGGCCCUGUUUGUACUCCCAGCUCUUUGCAGUGUGCUGGGCAGUUUUUUUGCCCUUUUUUUUUCUGAGCUAUUAACAAGUUGGCUUGUUUUUGCUUCCCCUUCUGUUAGCAGUGCAAAUGAGGUACUCCAACCUUCAUGUGCAUCCUGGCAGCUAAUCUUAUCUCCAGGCCUCCUUUGGGGCUAUGCUCCCUGUGCCUUCAGGGACCAGUUCUCUGCUUCCUAUGGAGUCUUUUUUACCUACUGUCCCUGAAGCGCACAACUGGUACAUAGCAUGGGGUGGGCUAGAGAGAAGAGAAGGGGCUGAGGGUGCCAUCAUCUCAAAUGGGGUCUGGGGAAAGCAGCUUCCCCAAUAAACUCAUUACCCUUUUUCAAUGUGAGCUGUAAGCAGCUUCUGCUCACCACUUCCAUGUGCCUGUCAUAUGGCGCUGCCACUGGCUUUGCCUGGGGAGCAAGGAGUGUCUCUGCUUAGCAUUCUUCAAGGGAGGCUAAGCUGAGCAGGACUUGUUCCUUGGAGGCAGGAGGCUGGCAAAGGCUGUCUUGAGGCAGAAGGGCAGCCCAGCCUUUGGAAGCUGAGAUGUCUAGGGCAGGCAGAGUCCAUGUGCAGCAUAAAAACAGCUAUAGCAUCAUGAGAGGUGAAGGAAAGCUCCAGCUAUUUGUGAUCUGCAAGUGGUGCCAAAGGCUUUAGCUCAAGAUAUCUGGAUGGCCUGUCUGGCAAGUGGCUGAUUAGUAACUAAACUGGGAGAAAGGACUGGAGCUGGAUUCAGCUCUUUGCUGUGAGCUAUAGAAAUGGGAUGAAAGCAUCUAGAUACGAAAUAAACCCCUGUUGCAGCUGGCCAGUGUCAGCUGCCUUGUUAAGCUGAAGUGCUCCAAUAAGCCAGUCUCCCCCAGUAGCUGUCUGCAAGCACUCCAGGACAGGAAACACAUGGGGUCACUACUGUGAAAUAAAGAUUUAAUCAGCUGAGGAACUGUCUAAACACUUCUCAGCCCUUCUCAGCGAAGCAAAUAAUCUCUGAAAUCCAAUUAUAAUUGUCUUCUAAUCUUUAAGAACCAGCAGCCGACAGGAGUUGGAGCUCUGUCUUUGACAGCUUUCUGGGACAACUGGUGGCAGGAGGUGUGAGGUCAGGAUUUGAGCAGGGAGUUCAGUCCAACUAACCAGAGCUGUCAAAACAGGGCUUCGGAGCCCUGCAUGGCUUAACUAGAAUCUGUGUAUUACUAUUAUUGGUUUUUUUGUUUGGUUUUUUUUUUUUUUUUUGGUACUGUGAUUUUUAAGAGCUACAAAGCUAUAUGCCUUCUGCUGUUCUAUCCAAAGGGAUGUUCCAGGUUCUUUAUGUGGGGCAGUCUUUUCCCAGUCUGACCCUGAAAUGGAAGAGCUGCCUUGAAAAUGUAGGGAUAUUGGAACUGUAGGUGUGGGAGUUGAUGUUGGGAGCCUCUGUCACAGCGAAGGGAGAGCACUGGUUCUGCAGGGACCAGGCGGAUGAGGAUGCUGUGAGGAAGGGCAGAGGCUGUUGCUGUGUUAGCAGUAUGUGCUUUUUGAAUGUGUCUGUAAUUAUUCCCUCCAGAGGCUGAAACUGUCUGUGUGCUCUUCUUCGAAGGGCAGGCUGUGUUUUGCUGAUCACACUUCUACCACUGCCCCUGCAGUUUCUCAUGUUAAUGGAGACUUGGGGAUCUUGGCUCUGCCUCUGAACAGAGAUGAGGCAGAGCUGAAGGUCUAAUGCAGAGUGGCAUUGCACAGAGAACUAGGCCUGGUCCUGCUACCUCUGUUUUUGCCUGCAUCGAGGGUGGCUGUUGGGUGAAGCAUGGGUUUGUCUAGCCCCCUGCCCCUUUCUCUCCCCCCAGCAUACUCAGACAUAUCUAUAUCUCUGUAUGGAUAUUUGCUUGGCAAGGUUAUCUCAUUCCUAAGACUAAAUAUACUGUUCCUUUACAGAUGAGAGAAAAGUAACUUUUCCCUCCAGUGGCCAAACAACUGUGUCCCCCUUGGUGGCAGAUCUAGCUCAAGAGCUGUGCCUGAUUUCUGGCACAGCUGAGGUUUACUUAGCUCUAAAGAAGUUAUCAUCUCUGGGGCAUCUGGCUGACAUUCUGCAUGUCUCAGAUGCCUUCUCUGCCAAAAGCAGCGUGGGUGCAGUCUCCAGACAGGGCAGCCCGAGGCUUCAGAAUUGAAGGUCUUGAGGUCAGUACCCUGGGCUUUAACCCAAGGUACUCUGAGCCGAGGCUCAGCGGACUAACAGGAACUUGGCCUCUGCGAUUCCUGGAUGUCACAGCCCAGUGUGUUCACACCCUCUCAUAGGCGAGGGGGAUUGAAGCUGUGCCUGGAUGUGCCUUGUUGCUCUGCCCGGCACAGUGCCUCACAAGGAUACUUCCUUCCUGAGCAGCAACUAACUGUUCCCAGAGUCUAGGAUUUCUGAAAUAUUUUUAAUCUUUUUCCUUAUUUAUGUAUGCUAUGUAUCUACUGUUUCAGGCUGAUGCCUUUCCAUAUGUUCAUGUGAAAUCCCCUUAUUAAAUGCUUUUAUUUUUA